AUGGAGUCGACACUAGAGCGCCAUUUGGCCGACAGCAUAGACCCAAAUGCAUCGCCUUUAGAAAGCGUUGAUACUGCCACAACACCUGGCACAGAGUUUUCACCGCCAGAGAGCCCAUUCCAGAAGCAAGCCAUCCCCAAGGACAGUCGGCAAACAGCACGCGAGAAAUUAGCGGCCUUGGACCUAGAAGAGAAGGUCUCCCUCCUCACUGCAGCUGACUUCUGGCGGACAAAAUCGAUCCCGGAGAAAGGCAUCCCUGCGAUUAAGACAAGUGAUGGACCGAAUGGCGCUCGAGGUGGAAUCUUCGUGGGGGGAACCAAGGCUGCCCUUUUCCCUUGCGGUAUCUCCUUGGCUGCCACAUGGAACAAAAGUCUACUGUAUAAAGUUGGUCAGCAUCUAGCAGAUGAGACUAAGGCCAGGUCGGCCAACCUGUUGCUGGCACCGACUGUUUGCAUGCACAGACAUCCCCUAGGAGGCAGAAAUUUCGAGUCCUUCUCAGAGGACCCUCUACUCACUGGAAAGCUUGCAUCCCAAUACAUUCAGGGCCUCCAGUCGAAAGGCGUCGGUGCUGCUAUCAAACAUUUCGUCGCCAACGAACAGGAGACAUUCAGAAUGACCAUAGACUCGAUCAUGAUGGAGCGGCCACUCCGAGAACUUUACUUGCGACCUUUCGAGAUCGCAAUUCGGGAGGCCAACCCAUGGGCUGUAAUGUCUUCGUACAAUUUGAUCAAUGGCGUCCACGCAGAUGAGAAUAUUCACACGUUAAAGGACAUUCUCAGGGGAGAGUGGGGAUAUGAUGGGGCUGUCAUUUCUGAUUGGGGUGGAACCAACUCUACAGCAGAAUCCUUGAAGGCAGGAUGUGACAUCGAAUUUCCCUUUUCAACCAAGUGGAGGUUCGAAAAGGUCCUUCAAGCGCUUCACGACGGCAAACUCCUAAAGGAAGAUAUCGACCGGGCCGCUGAGAAUGUUCUCACCUUGGUGGACCGUACAAAGGGAAAUGACAUGUCCGAAGAAGCGGCAGAGAGGGAGGACAACCGCGAAGAAACGAGGUUGCUGAUUCGCCAAGCUGGCGCUGAGGGACUCACGCUUCUGAAGAACGAAGGGAAUAUCCUGCCUAUCAACCCCAAGACAGCAAGAGUGGCUGUCAUUGGCCCAAAUGCCAACAGAGCCAUCGCUGGUGGCGGGGGCAGUGCCAGUCUAAACCCAUACUACAAUACUCUACCCCUUGACAGCAUUCGAGCAGCCGCCCAGAAUGAGGUCACCUACGCGCAGGGCUGCCACAUCUACAAAUGGCUACCAGUCGCUUCACGUUACUGCACGGACAAGUCUGGGAAACCCGGUGUCACUCUCGAAUGGUUCAGCGGGGACAAAUUUCAAGGCGACGUCGUCGUUCAACAGCGACGCACUAACACCGACCUCUUCUUGUGGGACUCUGCACCACUCGCUGAGCUUGGCCCACAAUGGUCGGCCGUCGCAACGACGUAUCUGACUCCAACCCAGACAGGAAAACACACUAUAAGUUACAUGACAGUGGGCCCCGGAAGAUUGUUCGUUGAUGGAAAGUUGGCACUUGACCUCUGGGACUGGACGGAGGAAGGAGAAGCCAUGUUCGAUGGUUCCAUUGAUUACAUGGUGGAAGUCGACAUGCAGGCCGGGAAGCCUGUGGAACUUCGUGUUGAGAUGACGAACGAACUUCGACCCAUUGCCAAGCAGAAGGUGUUCAACAUGACGCACAGGUACGGUGGCUGCCGCAUCGGUUUCAAGCAGGAGGAUGCCGUCGACUACCUACAGGAGGCCAUUGAUGCCGCAAAGGCAGCAGAUGUGGCUGUUGUUGUUAUCGGUCUCGAUGCCGAGUGGGAGUCAGAAGGCUACGAUCGCAAGACGAUGGAUCUGCCUUCGGAUGGCAGCCAGGACCGGUUGGUCGAAGCCAUCGUCAAAGCUAACCCUCGGACCGUGGUAGUGAAUCAGUCUGGCUCGCCAGUCACCAUGCCCUGGGCCGACAAAGUUCCGACAAUACUUCAAGCCUGGUACCAAGGCCAAGAAGCCGGCAAUGCGCUGGCAGACGUUUUGUUCGGCUUCAAGAACCCGAGUGGGAAAUUACCGUGCACUUUCCCCAGAAGAAUUGAGGAUACACCAGCCUACCACAACUGGCCUGGGGAGAACCUUCGUGUACUGUACGGUGAGGGUUUGUAUAUUGGCUACAGACACUAUGAUCGUGCACAAAUCGCACCAUUGUUUGCCUUUGGCCAUGGUCUAUCAUACACCACGUUUGAGUACGGCCGGGUGUCGGUCAGCCAGAAGACACUCGGCGCGGACGCCCCUAUUCACAUGAUCAUGGCGGUCACCAACACGGGUUCGGUUGCUGGCAGUGAGACGAUUCAGAUCUACGCGAGAGACGAAAAAUCCAAACUCCCGAGGCCGGAGAAGGAGCUAGUCGCUUUUGAAAAGGUAUCUCUGGAGCCCGAUGAGACGAAGCACAUCACCAUCCCCCUGGACAAGUAUGCCGUUGGCUACUACGACGAUUCCCUGAGGACCUGGAUUGCAGAGGAGGGCACGUUCAAGAUUCUGGUCGGAGCGUCGGCGGCUGAUAUCAGGCAAUCGGCUUCGUUUGUAGUUGAGGAGUCGUUCACGUGGAUCAAGUAA